AUGGAAAGUGAUCCGGGUCCGGUUAAACAGUUUUUUGCAUUAUUUACAUUGUAUCAAUGGUACACUGGCAAUAAACAUUCAUCAAAUUCAAAGCACUCAAAUCGUCGAAAUGGAAAAGCUGUUACUAUUCAACCACAAAGAAUUGAAGCUAACCGUAAUAUCAGCCUUAAAAAGAACUCAAAUAACAGUAAACAGCCGCAACCUCGAGCUAGUCUCUUUUGUAGAAAGAAGAGUUCCGAGGUAACUGAAUCAUUAAAUGAUGUCGAUGAUGAUGAUUUACUGCCUGUAUUAAGGCACAUGGAACAUAAUAACAAAUGGAGUAUGCGUAGUGGUUACGGGUCUAGGAAAAAAGAAUUUCCACACAAGUUCAAUGUCAAACACUUUUUGAUAGCAAAUUGUCAAUUUGUGGUCAAAUUUGGAAAAGAUUAUUCUCAGUGGAUGAAUGAUCAGGAUGAAAUUGUUGAUUGGGAUUGCAUUGAACAGAUAAAAAUGUUUUCUACUCAAUUUAUUAAAUGUCCUAUAUGUAUGGAUAUACCAAUAACACCAAAAAUGACUCGUUGUGGCCAUAUAUAUUGUUGGCCUUGCAUCUUGCAUUAUUUAGAUAUAAACGAAGAACUCGAAAACGCCGGCUGUCCCAUAUGCCAUUCUAGAAUUUUAAAAAAAGAAUUACAGAGCGUUGAAAUAGUAAUUAAAGAGGAAUGCUGCGUUGGUCAAUCAAUAACUUUACAAUUAAUGAAACGUGCUAGAAAUUCAUUGCAAGCAUACCCAAUGUCAGAACUCCGUCAAAAUACUUUUAAACCAUCAGAUGAUAUUCCUUUAUCAAUUAGUGAAUCUAAUUACUCUACAGUUUAUUCCAGACUUCUAAUUGGUUAUAAAAGUCAAGUAUUAAAUAUUUUGAACCAAGAAAGAGAAGCUCUUGUACUACUUUUAGAGUACUGGGAAACUGAAGAUGUGGAAAAAAAAUAUAUUUAUGAAGCUCUCGAAUUAUUAUCAAAACGAGAAAACAUUUUAAUGAAUCAGGAACCAAACCUUGAAAUAAAAGGAAUAAGCGAUGAGUCAAUGAAUUCUGCAAUAAAUGCAAAUCCAGGAUCACCACCACCGGCACUACCACAAUCACAAUUAAAGAACUUUCUUGAGAUCCCUGGAUGUUCUCAUAAUGUUGCUAGUGUUUUAGAGGAAAAUCCAAAUUUACAUAUAAAAGAAAUGAACACAAAUUUUAAUAAUUUUAACACUGUUGGAAUUAAAGACGUUUUACAAAAAAAACCUGCCAAAAAGGAUUUUUAUUUCUAUCAAGCUUUGGAUGGCCAACAUAUAUAUUUAUCAGCAGUAAAUGUAGAAAUGUUAGAAUGUAUGUUUGGCAGUCUUGAAAAUAGUCCACAGCAGAUAGAUGCCAUUGUAAUUGAAAAACAGUCCUUAUCGAUGACUGAAGCAUCAAGAAAACGCUAUAGAUUCUUGUUACAUUUGCCCAUAACAACUGUUUUUGAAUGGGUUGAAUUGGAUUUGACCAAUAUUGUCAGUCAAGAAACCUUAUUUAUAUUUAAAAGCAACUUGGAUGAGAAAAAAGCUUUAAGAGAUAGACGUGCUCGUGACGAGCAACGGCUUGCUAAACGCAUCGAAGAAAGAAAUUCUAAAAAACAAUUGCCACUUCCUGAAUGGCAUAAUAGAAGUUUAUUCCCAGAAUGUGGCUAUGAUCCAUUUGCUGACAAAAGUAUGAUUCCCUUAAGCGAAUCGAUUGGUAUAACUUCAACUUCAGAUCGUGCUUUAGUUAAUACAUCUAAUAGUUCACCAAGUAAUUUAUCAUUUGCAAAGGCAUUGCAAAAUGAAAGUACCGCAAGUAACUCCUCUACAUCAGAUCCAGUUUUACCUAAUGUAUCAUCUCAAUGGCCAGUACUUGGUUUUAGACCAAAUUCUAUGCCGAUGAAUAAUAUUCUUGAAGAUGCUGUAGCCAACAUGAACAUGCACGAUAACAAAUCAAAAAAUAAAAAGAAGAAACGCAGCAAAUAUGAACCAAUACUUUGA